AUGUAUAAUAACAACAAUAACAAUAGACAGUUCUUGGUAUCAGUAACAUUGUUGUUGGUAGUGUCAAUGACAAUGUUGUCAUGGUCGACAGCAUCGGCAGAGGCACCAAGUAGAUUCACACCAAAGUAUAGAGAGCUGAAACAAUUGGCAUUGGACAAUGGAGGCUAUCUCGAGUUGGACGGCACCCAAACAAAGAAGCUGAUAUCCACUGGCAACAGACAGUUCAACAUGAUCAUGUUCCUCACUGCAUCAGACCCACAAUAUGGUUGUUCAAUUUGCUCUCUAAUCAAACAAGAGAUUACAACAUUCUCUACAUUGUCAUAUUUGGAGUACUUAAAGUCGGACAAGUUUGAUGACAACCCUCUGUUCAUUGUUGUCUUUGAGUUUGAAAAGUCACAGGAGCUCUUUAAGAAGUUGGCUAUUCAGACCAUUCCACAUCUGGUGUUUGUACCACAGGGCAACUCUGAGUUGACCUUGAAGAAUACCUUUGGCAGAAUGGAUACAUUCUCCAAGAAGAACCUUGCACUCUGGAUUGAGCGUGAGACACAGGUCAAGAUCGAUAUUGUAUUACCAUUCUUUGAGAAGUAUGGUAGUUACUUUGGUUUCAUUGCCAUAUUCCUGUUUGCUCUACGUAUCCUUAUUGCCAUCUAUCAGAACAGAGCCAAUCCAAUGAUGUGGAUGUUUAUGUCUUUCAUGGUCGUUGGAGCGGUACUAUCUGGUGUCUUUUACGUGUUCAUUCAUCAUCCACCAUUGGUUGAUGUUAGACGUGAUGGAUCAGUCAGCAUAUUCUCCUCUCAGACUCGUGGACAGACAGUGGCCGAAGGUGCAAUGAUGGGCGGACUAUCUCUGAUCAUAUCAUUUAUGUUUGUAUUCUUGGCAGACAUUCUACCAAAGAAGCGUGAUUGGUCAAAGUCACAAUGGAACGCAUUCUUUAUGGUUGGAUUCAUUGGAUUCGUCACUGCAUUGAUGGUACUCAGCAAGUGCUAUCAGAUGAAGUACUACAGACCAAUGUGGAACAUUCCAGAUGAGUUUAGAACUCUACUAGGUGGUAGAUAA